CACAGUCCAAACUCCGAACUUCAGUACGAACUACAAAACAAAGGGAGAUUUGAUGGUUUCUCCAAAGUUUCAACUUUGAAUCCUCAGUAGCAAAGUCGCCAUGUUCGCCAAGCGCCUGUUGCAGAAGGCCACUCACAAUCAUCCCCAGACUAAUGUACAUGAUAGUAUGAUGUUGAAGGACUUAGAUUUGCAAAUUGCUAUUCAUUAUGGCAUUCCAUCUACUUCGUCAAUUCUUGCAUUUGACCCGGUUCAGAGCUUAUUGGCCAUUGGCACACUGGAUGGCAGGAUAAAAGUGAUUGGUGGUGAUAAUAUUGAAGCGCUUUUAAUUUCCUCGAAGCAGCUUCCUUACAAGUACUUAGAGUUUCUACAAAACCAAGGCUUUUUAGUCGGCAUUUUAGUUGACAAUGAUAUUCAGGUUUGGGAUCUUGAAAGCAGGUGCAUUGCUGGUAGUUUACAAUGGGAAUCCAACAUUACUGCUUUCUCUGUAAUCUAUGCCUCCCACUUCAUGUAUGUUGGAGAUGAGAAUGGGAUGAUGUCUGUAUUGAAAUACACUCCUGAAACUGGAGAACUUUUGCAAUUGCCGUAUCAUGUUUCUGCAAAUAAUUUGACAGAUGCAGCUGGGUUUUCAGUUCCUAAUUACCAAUCUGUUGUUGGAGUUCUUCCUCAGCCAUAUUCUUCUGGGAAGAGAGUCCUGAUCGCAUAUGAGGGUGGGUUGUUGAUACUUUGGGAUGUUGUUGAAACAAGAAUUCUGGUUGUUAGAGGCAAUAAGGUUCUAGAAUCGAAGGAUGGAGUUGUUGAUUCUUCUAGUGAAUUGCAUGGAGUCCUUCCAGAUGAUGGAUCUGAGCAACAUUUGGAGGAGAAAGAGAUAAGUGCACUUUGUUGGGCAUCUUCCACUGGGUCCAUUCUUGCUGUAGGAUACGUAGAUGGAGAUAUUUUGUUUUGGAAAACAUCGGCUGCCACUAGUAAAGGCAAACAAGUUGGACUAUUAUGCAAUAAUGUUGUUAAGCUACAAUUAUCUUCUGCUGAGAAGAGGCUCCCUAUCAUUGUCUUACACUGGAGUCCAAACAGUAAAGCUCAUAGUGAUGGUGAUGGAAGACUUUUCAUCUAUGGUGGUUGUGAGACUGGAUCUGAAGAAGUUAUAACGGUCUUGAGCCUUGAAUGGUCAUCACGGAUGGAGACUCUAAGAUGCAUUGGUCGUGUGGAUCUCACCCUGAACGGUUCCUUCGCAGACAUGAUUUUAUCACAAACUGCUGGGACAAUAGGGAAUAAUCACAACACUGUCCUGUUUGUAUUGACUAAUCCUGGACAACUGCAUUUUUCCAUCGAUGUGGGAUUGUCUACCUCAGUAUCUCCGCAAGAGAAGACAAUAUCUGCUGUUGCUGUUGAAUUUUCUGUUCUAGUACCUAUGGCUGAUCCUUACAUGACGGUGGCAAAACUCAGUUCUUUACCAUUGGCUGGAAAUGCAUCCACUGCACUUUCUAAGACAGCCUUGCUUACAAAAUCUGCCCCCACUUCAAAUGCUGGAGCAAGGUGGCCCUUGACUGGAGGCGUAGUUAACCGGUCCUUGUUUACUGAGCAUUACAGGGUUGAGAGAGUGUAUGUGGCCGGUUACCAGGAUGGAUCUGUUCGCAUAUGGGAUGCUACUUCUCCAGUCCUAUCACUUAUAUAUGUUUUAGAAAGUGAGGUCAAAGGAGUAGAAGUGGCUGGUUCAAAUGCUUCAGUAUCAAAAAUUGAUUUCUGCUCUCAAACCUUAGGUUUAGCUGUUGGCAACGAAUGUGGUCUGGUUUAUAUCUAUAACCUCAAAGGCAGUUUAGAUGAGACAAGCUUUCACUUCAUUACAGAAGCUAAACAUGAAGGUCACACUUUGCCCCAAAGGAAAGGACCUUGUUGUCAAGCAGUUUUUCACCUUGUCAAUUCCUCAGUUCAAGCAUUGCAAUUUACAACUUGUGGAGCCAAACUCUCUGUAGGAUAUGAUUCUGGUCGUGUUGCAGUGCUUGAUCUGAGUUCAUUUUCAGUUUUGUUUUUAACAGACAAUUUGUCUGGCCCUAGCUCACCAGUUAUUUCAUUGAUCUGGAAAGCAUUUAUUGAUGGUAAUGAUCCCAGAAGCCCAAAGAAAUCAGGGCCCAAAAUUGCUGAGAAACCUGUGGAGGAACUAAUAUUCUUAUUAACAAGGGAUGCAAAAAUUUACGUUAUUAAUGGUGGUACUGGUGCCUUGAUGAGCUCUCGGCCCAUGCAUUUAAAGAAGGAAUCCACAGCAAUUUCCAUGUAUGUUAUAGAAACAGUUUGCGAAUUACCUAAAGAAAAGCAGCUAGUGCAGUCACCCAAGGAGGCUGCUGCCAGGAAUGAACCUCCAGAGGACUCCACAUCCAGCAGAAUUGGGAAUCAUAAGACUGAAUGCUCAGAAAAUGCACACUUGAAGGGAAGUUCCAAGGGUUCACUUACGUUGCUUUGUUGUAAGAAUACACUGUGCUUGUACCAGACGACUUCUGUAGUCCAGGGCGAGAACAAAUCUAUCAGUAAAGUGAAACUUUCAAAACCUUGUUGCUGGACAUCAACUUUUAAGAAAGAUGAGAGAAGUUGUGGCCUGUUGUUACUCUACCAGACUGGAGAUAUUGAAAUUAGAUCUUUGCCAGAUUUUGACUUGAAGAUAGAAAGCUCAUUAAUGUCAAUGCUGAGGUGGAAUUUCAAGGCAAAUAUGGAAAGGACAAUCAGUUCUACAGACAAUGGGUUGAUUGCACUGGGUAAUGGAUGUGAAUUGGCUUUCAUCUCUCUGCUAGCCGGUGAAAGUAAUUUCAGGAUUCAAGAAUCUUUGCCUUCUCUUCAUGAUAAAGUUCUUGCAGCUGCCGCUGAGGCUGCCAUUGCUUUUUCUUUAGAUCAGAAGAGCAAACAGGGAACAACCCCGGGGAUUCUAGGUGGUAUAGUGAAAGGCUUCAAGGGGGGAAAAGUGAACCGUAGUAAUGAUGGUAUGGUUAUGUCUACAUCUAACUAUAGUCUUCUAGAGGGCAUCUUUUCAAGGAAUCCAUUCCCAGAUCCAUCUUCAGCCACUGCAGAAAAUCAGGAAGUUAAUGAGCUCAAUAUAGAUGACAUUGAAAUUGAUGAACCUGUAUCAUUGGCAUCUACUUCAUCAAGUAAAACGCAUCAAAAUGAGCGAGAAAAGGGUGGUGAAAGAGAACAAUUGCUUGAUGGUGCCAGUGCUGAUAUAAAACCCCGGAUUAGAACGCCUGAAGAAAUCAUGGCUACAUAUAGAAAAUCUGGGGAUGCCUCCUCAGUAGCUGGAGAAACAAGAAAUAAGCUUCUAGAGAGACAAGAAAAACUUGAGAGGAUUAGCAGGCGAACCGAAGAACUGCAAAGUGGAGCUGAAGAUUUUGCGUCUUUGGCAAACGAGCUCGUGAAGGCCAUGGAAAAGCGGAAAUGGUGGCACAUAUAAGAACUCGACUAACUACAUACAGGUUUUGUUUGUUUAGCAUUCCUUUGGAUAUGGUAAUGCCGGUUAGAUGUGCAGAAAGCUAAAUAUAAUGUUCAAAUGUAAAGCCCUCUACAAGGAAGAACCUCAUCAGAGAUAUGGAUGCAUUAGGAUUUGAAUAUUUUAGGAGGCUAUCAAAUUUAGGGAGAAAAUUGAACUUAAAAAAAGAAGAUAGAAUGGUUUUACAAUGAGAGGGUUUGGAGUUUUGAGGGUCUCUGUUCAUUAUCAGACCUCAGAUUGUGAUGUCACUUUCUUAGUUCAGUUUUCUUUUCUUCUCACAAUUUGUUAUCAAUCUGGGAGCCUUUUUCUAGCUUAGGGCUAGGGGUGUGCAUUGUCCUGUUUGGUAUGGUUUAGAAGAAUUUGGAACCAAACUUCAGACCAAAUGGAACCAUAAAAUUGCAGUUUGGUUUGGUUCAAACCAUAGUUUAAAUAACAUCAGGGUUGCAUA